AUGCGCUCUUUUGCUGAGGAGUGUGGCAAAGGGGUCUUGCAAGCAGGAGGAGGAGCAGUGAAAAAGGAAGACACUGAUUCUCCCUGGGAUUAUGAGACUGAUCCUAAAAGUCAAGGAAAAAUGUGGGCCAGUGUGUGGCUUCCUGCUGCAAACAGCAACAGGUUGGUUGUGUGCUCUGCUGCAAUGGAGUGUGGCAAAGGUGUCUUGCCAGCAGCAGCAGCAGGAGAAGCGAAAAAGGAAGAUGGUGAUUCCUCCUGGGAUUCUGAGCCUUUUUCUGAGAUUGUAGAAGAAGUUUUUGCCAGCAAGCAGUGUCGUGCUGCAGGUCACAAAGGAGUGGGUGUGCGCUCUGCUGCAGCAGAGCUCAGCGAAGGAGGAGCAGGAGAAGAUGAUGAUUCUUCUUGGGAUUCUGAGACUGAAUCUGAAGGUGAAUGGAAAGUGUCGGCUGCUGUCCAGCUUCCUGCUGCAGACAGCUACAGGUUGGAUGCGCGCUCUGCUGCAGUGGAGCGCAGCAAAGGGGUCUUGAAACAAGCAUGGAGAGAAGUGAAAAAGGAAGACAGAGUCUUGCAACCAGCAGGGCGAGAAGAAAAACAGGAAGACGAUUUUCUCUGGGAUUCUGAGACUGAUUCUGAGGGCCAAAGAAAAGUGUCGGCCGAUGUGCAGCUUCCUGCUGCAGACCAAAACAGAGUGGGUGUGAGCUCUGCUGCAGUGGAGCGUGGCAAAGCUGCAAGGGCAGAACAGAAGGAACAUUUUAUCUCCUCUUCUGAGAAUGAGCCUCCUACAUUACAGGGAGAAGAUCUUCAGCUAAAGGUUGAUUCUUCAACUCAAACAGACCCUGAGCAGGACAAACAGACACUGGCCAGGCAGAAGCUUGACAAACUUCUCAAAAAAGACUCCCUGGAAGGAGCUGCACUUGGAACUGUGAAGACCAACAGCAGGAAGGAACAGAAACUGCUGUUGGAGAAACUGGAGAGGUGUAAAACUAGGCUCAAGGACCUGAAAGAAUCUCUUAACAAGAAUGAUUAUUAUGCUGAGUCAGGGAAGAAUGCCCUAAAGGAGAAGAAGGUAAUAAAAAUUUUGAGGAACAUGCAAGGCCGCCUGGCUGAAUCUUUGGAUUCUUCAGCUGCAGCUAUCCUCCAGCUGGAAGAACACUUUCAACGGCUGGAAGUGAAAAUGGCAAGGCUGGAAGACACAAUCCAGCAACAAGCCAAGACUAUUGAAGCUUUUGAGACAGUCCAGUAAAUCUCUUACCUCAGACUCUUCUGUGGACACCAGUCUUCGGCACCGCAAUUUUCCACACACUAUCAAAAACUGUUUUGGAGUGAAGUUUGCAAAGUGAGCCAAUCCCUGAGGCUGGGUCACCCUGCAGGGUGCCUCUUUCUUCCCAGGAGAUUUGUGAAAUUUAGCAAUUUUCUAAAUUUGUGAAUUUAGUGUCUAGUGAUCACUAUCUAGUGAUUAUUUACUGUUAUGUUUUGCCUGUUGCUGUUUCACUUGUCAAUAAACUGUUAUCUGUUCACUUA